CAGCCCAAGAAUCUGGCCGACGGUUGCAUCCUCAAGGAUUAUCAGUUGGAAGGAGUCCGCUGGUUGGCCUCACUCUACGAAAACGGGGUUUCCGGGAUACUGGCCGACGAAAUGGGACUCGGCAAGACCAUUCAGUGCGUAGCACUCAUUGCGCAUUUGCUCCUACAGGGCGUAUCGGGACCCUUCCUCGUUGUCGCACCCUUGGCAACCUUGCCCAAUUGGGUGCGCGAAUUCGAAAAGUGGUUGCCCCAACAUCCCGUCGUUCGAUACCACGGCACCGCACCGGAACGGGAAGCCAUGCUCAAAGGACCACUCAAUCCCAAACUAAGACGGAGUCCCAACUUUCCCUUUAUCGUCACCUCCUACGAAGUGUCCAUCCGCGAUCAAGCCAAACUAGAAAAACUCACCGAGUUCACCUAUCUUAUUGUCGAUGAAGGACAUCGUUUGAAAAAUCACCGCUGUACACUGCUUACCUCGCUCAAACGUCUCAAAGCCGCCAACCGCCUUUUGUUGACCGGGACACCCAUUCAGAAUACCCUGGAUGAACUCUGGAGUUUGCUCAACUUUGUGAAUCCGCAAAUCUUUGACGAUCUCUCCGUCUUUCAGUCCUGGUUCGGUUUCAAGGAUAUCGGACAAAAGACACGCGGCGGCACCGACGAAACCUCCAUCAUUAUUGAGGAGCGCAAGAAUCAGACCGUCACCAAGUUGCACGAAAUCCUCCGCCCCUUUUUGCUCCGCCGCAUCAAGUUGGACGUCCUUUCCGAAAUGCCGCCCAAAAAGGAAGUCAUUGUAUACAGCGGGAUUUCCAAACUGCAAGCCGGCUACGCCGACUUGAUUGACAAGGGCACGCUGCGGGAUACCCUGAUUGCGCAGGGCAUUGAAAAUGGUCGGACUCUGAGUCAGACCAAUAAACUCAUGAAUCAUCGUAAGAACAUCAACCACCCGUUUUUGUUCGGGGAACCGAUCGAUCCCGCCAGCGGCGUCCAUUUGGGCACGGCCCAUCCGCAAUUGCUGGUCCGCGCCAGCGGAAAGUUCGCCCUGCUCGAUCGCAUGUUGAGUCGUCUGUAUCGGGACGGCCACCAAGUCCUCAUCUUUAGUCAAAUGACGAGCGUCUUGAACGUGAUGGAAGACUAUCUGCUCUUCCGAAACUGGAAUUUUUGCCGGAUCGACGGUUCCACCAAUAUUGACGAGCGUCAGCGACAGAUGGAUCAAUUCAAUGCGGAAAAGACUGCCGGUGAGAAUGGCCGUCGUAGCAAGGCCGACGACCGUCACUUUGUCUUUUUACUGAGCACCCGCGCCGGUGGUUUGGGAAUUAACUUGACCAGCGCCGAUACGGUAAUCAUCUUUGACAGUGACUGGAACCCGCACGCGGAUAGUCAAGCCAUGGACCGCGCGCAUCGUCUCGGCCAGGACUUGCCCGUGGCCGUUUACCGUCUCUUGACCGUCAACUCGGUCGACAUUGAAAUGAUGGAAAAACAAAUAUCGAAAAAGAAACUGGAACGCAUGACCAUUGCCGGCGGCGACUUU